ACACAUUUAACUCAAAAACUUCAAAAACUUACUAACUUCUCAACAAACACCUUUUGCUUCAGUUACAAGUUUACUCUAUAAGUAGAAAUAUUUAUUUAUUAUUUCGAUUUGUGUUUGUAAUUUUUUUUUAUUUGUAUAAAUAUAGAUAGAUUAGGAAUCUAAAUUUAAAAUUUGUUGUCACACCAUGGCCUGCAACCCACAAGCAGCAAAGGCUGCCACCCAGGGUCUUGUUGCCGCACAUGCCAGCAGCAUUGCGUAUGUGCAGUGCCAGAAUCUCAAGUACAAUGCCAUUAUUAUAGGUUGGCUGGGCGUCAUCAUAUCAAGCGUGAUGAUCUUUAGCUCAAUGAUGGUCAUAAAUAUGCAGACCGAUGUCGAAGUUCUGGUGAAGCAAAUCUUACUGCAACAGGCAACAGAUAAAGAAAUACAGCUAUUAAUGAAUCUAUUGGCUGCUUUCAGUACAGUCGCCUAUGGUAUGUCCUUGAUUAACCUGGGCGUCAGCCUCUUGCUGCUAAUAGGUGUAGCUCGGGACUCGAGCGGCUUGCUGUAUCCUUGGUUGAUAUUUCACGGCGUUGUGUUUGGCUUUGGCCUCUACAUGGGCAUAUUCUAUGCCAUGGCUGGCCUAUUUAUAGACCUGUCUAGUUUCUUGAUGUGCUUGCUGGUCUUCACACUUGUACUGGUGCUCUACUAUAAGAUCUAUCAUGAAGUUUUUACCUUGUUCCGCGUCAUGCAAGAGCAGAAUUUGCGAAAUGUAAAGUUCUGCCAAGAUGCUGAGCACGUGUUUGCCUCUGGCGUUCCAUAUUCGCCAUUAUAUUUACCUCCUUUUCCAUACAAGCAAUGAGGGGAAGCAGCAGCAUCA